UUAUUUUCAAAGCACACAGGAAGCAUUGCACAGACGAGAACAAGCCGCCCCAGCAGCACGUUAACGUUGAGCCAGUGAGGAGGGUGAGGUGAAAGAUGAAGUGGCAGCGACGCAUCUGCCUGCUGGCCUGCAUGAUGGCGUUGGCCAUCCCUGUUUCUUUGUCUUUCAACAUCAACACGAAGACUCCGCAUAUCUACGAAGGCGAACAGCAAGACUUUUAUGGCUACAAGGUGCUUCAGUACGCGUCCGACUCAAGGAAAGGAUUAAUCAUCACUGCACCUCUGAAGCUAAAUGAAUCUGGGGAAAUCUCCAAUAUUAAGCAGUGGUUCAACCCAAAAGAAUUUUCUUUCAGAAACCAAAUGAUACCAAUUAGGCAUUUGGGUCUGACGAUAGCUGCAAAUUCGGGCUCACAGUUCACUGUUUGCAGCCCGAGCGUAGCCCAUGAAUGCUACGAGAACUCUUACCUUAAUAGCGUUUGUUACAAAAUCACAGAGAAUCUCACACAAGUGUCUGUUACCACGCCUGGAUUUCAAGAAUGCAGAAAUAAAAACGUAAACCUUGUCUUUCUGUUUGAUGGAUCAGAGAGUAUGACUGAGGAAGAGUUCAAUAAAAAUAAGGAUUUCAUAAAGGAAAUUAUUGACAAACUUAAGAACUCAUCAAUCAAGUUUGCAGCAGUUCAGUUUGCCUCAGAUCCCAGACUGGUCUUUGACUUCAAUGACUAUGUUGCUGGCACUGCUCUUGAUAAACUUCAGAAGGAACCUCACAUGAGGAAACUCACCAACACACACAAAGCUCUCACGUUUGUGCUAAACGACAUCUUAGAAAAUCCAGCUGCAGGUGCUACAGCUGAUGCAACUAAAGUUCUGGUGCUGAUAACAGAUGGAAACCCCAGUGACACUGACAGACGUAACAUCACAGGACAAUAUGAAGACAAGAACAUCAUUCGCUUUGUCAUAGCGGUAAAAGGUACUAAGCUGGACAAAUUUACCUCCAUUGCUUCAAAGCCGACCAAAGACUUUGGUUUUCAAAUUGAGAACUAUAAAGGACUCACUGGAAUACUGGGAAAUUUUCAAAUCAAAAUCUUCAAAAUGGAAGGCACUAAAGCGUCUCGGGCAGAGGACAUGACUAGUGAAAUGGCUCAGAGCGGCUUCAGUGCUGUCGUCUACAACGAUACGCUGAUCCUGGGCUCAGUGGGAUCAAACACCUGGCGUGGCUCUCUGGAAGAGAGGACGGGAGGUGCUGAAACAUUUACACAAAUUAAAGACCCGAACAUGGAGAGUGAUUCCUACAUGGGAUACUCUAUUUCUGUUGGAAGGAAGCAAAACAACACUCUGUACUUUACCGGUGCACCAAGAUUUAAUCACACGGGGCAGGUUGUUUUUUUCACACGCAACGACUCAAAAUGGAUUCCAGCCCAAAGACUGACCGGAGACCAGAUGGGCUCCUACUUCGGUGCAGAGCUGUGCUCGGUAGAUAUUGACUCUGACGGUAACACUGACUUCCUGCUGGUGGGAGCUCCAAUGUUUUAUCAUCCUCAAGAGAAGCGAGAAGGUCAGAUCUACGUCUACACACUGACGGACGAGAUUGAACUGAGACGUGAGCGGAUCGUGGCAGCGUCAGCCAUGGGCAGAUUUGGCACCACCAUAUCAAGCAUUGCUGAUCUGAAUGGAGACAGACUUAGAGACGUUGCUGUUGGAGCCCCUCUGGAGGACGAAAACAGAGGAGCUGUGUACAUCUACCUUGGCGACAAACAAAGCGGGAUACGCAGCACUUUCAGCCAGAGAAUCGCUGGACGGGAAAUUGAAGCCCGGCUGAGAUUCUUUGGGCAAUCUAUUGAUGGGAAAAUGGACAUGGGAGUAGAUAACCUGCCAGAUAUAGUGAUCGGAUCAAAGGGCACAGCAGUUGUUCUGAGGUCCAGGCCCGUGUUCAACGUCACAGCACAGCUGUCUUUUCGUCCUAAAGAGAUAAAGAUCGACCAAAUCGAGUGCCCACUCAAGACAGACACAAUUUUACCAAUGGUGAACUUGACCGUCUGCUUUGUAACCACAGAAACAACAAAGAGCAAAGAAGUGAUGACAGGCUCUGGACUGAACAUCUCCUUCGCACUCGACGUUGAUUCAACAAGACAAACGCAUCGAGGGUUCUUCAGUCGGACUGAUAGGAAAAGCAGGAAUAUUAAUUCUGCCUAUAGGCUGGAGAAUCAAUCCACCUGCUUCAACUACAGCAUCUACAUGCUAAAAUGUGUGGACGACACAUUAUCACCAAUCUCCAUCAAACUGAACUUCACCCAAACAGACGUUGAUAAAGCAAAGGCUGUCCUGAAUGUGGACAGCAGUAAGCUGGCUUUUGUCAAGAUUCCUUUUGAGAGGCUCUGUGCAACAAGCGAUCAGUGCAUCGCUGAUCUUAUUGUGGAUUUCAACUUCAAGACUCCAACACUGUUGGUGCCAGACGGAGAGUCAGAGGAAGCAAAUUUCAUCGUGGUUGUGAAACUGUCCAAUGAUGGCGAUAGAUCGUUCAACACCAGCAUCACGAUGCACUACCCCGAGGGCCUGUCAUUCACCAAGAUGCAGACCGCGGAGCCAGAACCAAUGAUCCAACACUGUUACGAUCAGGAGACCUUGCUCAACACGACAGUUUGUGGUGUCAGCCUUCCUGUGUUUCGCAGCAACUCCUCAAUAACAUUUCAACUGUUUUUCCGCCCCAUGAUGCGUGAUGCUACAAAUAAUCAUGAGCAUCUUUGGGACGACACAAUCUCAAUGACAGUUGCAGGGAAAAGUAACAAUGCAAACGACACAAACCUGAGCUCCAUGACGAAAAACAUCCCGGUACAAUUUGAAAUUAAAAUGGCAGUGACAGUGAAAGAAGGCAUCGACACCUAUUUAAACUUUACAUCAGAGGAUCCCAAACCUAAGAGACUGGAGAUCAUAUAUAGAAUCGACAAUCUGGGCUGGAAGGCAUUUCCUGUGAAUGUGUCUCUGGGCUUCACAGAUGAUCUGGAGCAUAAUUUUAAAUUGAACAAUUACAAAGUCUUGGAGAAUGAGAACCAAACUCGGUGCACUGACACAUCUACUUUCUGUUCAUCAGAACAACACCUCCAGGUCAUAAAGUGUGACACUUUCACGCUGAGGAAAGAAUCCUGGAUAGAGAUCAAACUCUCAGGAGAUGUCCAGUUUAAGGACCUCAAGGAGCAGGCGGAGAACAUCGCCUUCCUGAAACGAUACACUGGCGAUGGUGCAGAGGUGAAAUUUCAAAGCUUUAUACACGUCGACUACGAUACGACCAAAUAUGUACUAAACAACCGUAAGCAAGAGGAAGAAGGACUGACACGAAAGAGAUCUAAUACAAGGUGCCCGACUAAAGACAACAGUCCAACAGUGAAAUGGACUGAAGUUCGGGUUGAGUUCAUUAUUCCCAUGGACAGAAAGCUGAUCAUUUCAACUGGCGUGGGACUGGGACUGCUGCUUCUUAUCUUACUCACAAUCAUUAUGUUUAAGAUGGGAUGCUUCAAGAGGAGACAACUGCCCAUGGAUGAGGAAGAUGCCGAGUCCACCGCUAUGUACGAUACUAAAGAAGAGCCUACAGAGGACGACAAGUUUCUUGAUAAUAAUGAGGCAAAGGGCAGCAGCUCCAUAACUGAUUCAUAGUGUGAUAGAAUUGAGGGGGUCAGGCUUUUCACUAAAAGCUGGAUGAGGGGAUUGAUCCUACUCUAAUGAAGCUGGACACAGGACACAGUAAUUGAUACAAAAGUGAAGAAAUAUAAGGGUUUUGUUUAUCGGGUAUGCUCCAUGUCAGAUCAUAAGCAGAUUUGUUAGAUACUUUCUUUCCUUAUUUGCUUUUAAUUGUCAACCUAAGUUUACAGCAGUUGACUUCUAUCUCCAACUUCAUCUGAUCCAAAUGAAAAGUCCAUGAGUGGCUCUUUCUGCAGGUUUCAACAGCAGGACUCAGAGGACUUGUCAUGGCAAGGUUAAACUCAAAUGGGAUUUGAUUUAGAUGAUGUAAAUGCAUAGUGGGACGCAAAACGCAUCCAGCUAUAUUGAAGUGGGUUAAAAUGAAAGAGAAUAAGUAAUAAUUUUAUUUACACUGUAAUUAUAACGAUUGUCGUAUUGUAACACAACAUGUAAGUAUUUAUUAAGUAAGUGAUUCUGUUCCUGUCUGGCUACUGAAAAGGUUUUACCCAAAGUUGUUUGAGUAAAUGCAGGAUGGUUUACUGAUGGUUGAACACAACAUGAGAAAAAAAGUGGUUAGAAGCUUAGAUGGCAUUUUUAAAUAAUAUGCACCGGACCCAACAAGUUAGCAUAACACCAUAAAUGUGGGAAAACAACCUCCAUCCAUCCAUUUUCUACCGCUUGUUUCCAUGCAUGGUCGCGGGUGAUGCUGGAGCCCAUACCAGCUGUCUUUGGGCGAGAGGCAGGGUAGAGCCCGGACAGGUCACCAGUCCAUCGCAGGGCAACACACACAGACAGACAAGCAUUCACACACACUCACACCUAUGGGCAGUUCAGAGAGACCAAUCAAUCUAAUGCAUGUCUUUGGACUGUGGGAGGAAGAACCCAUGCAAACACAGGGAGAACACGCAAACUCCACACAGAAAGGCACCCGGGCCGCCCCGGGAAUUGAACCCAGAACUCGCUGUGACACGACAGUGUAACCCACAGAAAAACAACCUCCGACUUCCAAGUAAAUGUUUUAUCUGCUACUGUGUAAAAUGUAAAAGGGUCAAAGGGAACAGUCUUUGCUCUUUAUGUUAAAUGGCUUCUCGUCCUAAUGUGAAUACUGUACAUUUUAUGCUCUUCACUUAUAAAAGAACUACAAACAAUA